AGGCUUGGCUUAUGAAUAUUAACUUUCCCUUUCCUUGACGUCUUAACUGAUUGGCUGAAACGCAAUGUGGGCAUCGGUCGGCUGACGAAUUAGCGAAUCCAAAUGUGGCGAAGGCUCGACUAAUUAAUAUUAACUACGAUACGUGACAGGACGCUCGAGGAAGGUUACAAGGGAACGUCAGCAUUACCUAAUUAAUAUUCACCAAUCUAACCUUGCCCGUAGUAGGAGAUGUAAUUCCGUUCUCCAGCCGUCAGUUGUAGUAGUCAGAGCGCCGGACAACACACUGCCGUACAGGAGUUUCACAUUUGCUUGAAAGUGUGGUAAUGUGCAAGUUCAGAAAUGCCGUAUGUAGAUCGUCAGAAUCGGAUCUGUGGCUUUCUAGACAUAGAGGAAAUGGAGAACAGUGGCAAGUUUCUGCGGCGCUACUUCAUCCUGGACACACAGGAGGGCAGCCUUGUGUGGUACAUGGAUAACCCUCAGAAUCUUCCAGCUGGAACAUCCUAUGUUGGAUCUCUUAAACUAACAUAUAUAUCCAAGGUUAGUGAUGCCACCAAGCUGCGACCAAAGGCGGAGUUCUGCUUAGUCAUCAAUGCUGGAAUGAGGAAGUUUUAUCUUCAAGCAAAUGAUAAGCAGGAUUUAGUGGAGUGGGUCAGUGUGCUCAACAACGCCACCAAAAUCACAGUGCCAAAGUCAGGUGAGCUGGUGUGUCAUAAUGCAACAGAGGUGUGUGUGGACGCACUGGGUGCCACAAAACAAGUGUCCUAUAAGACCGAGAUCAUCGCUGGAGUGCCCAUCAUCACCACCACACAGGAGAAGGGUGAAGGACAGAAUGGAGCAGACAGGAGUGGACUGAGGAAACCUCCGUCAGGUCAGCUGCCGUAUUAUCUGAGCCGCAGUAACCAGGACCAGUCUGUGAUUAAAGUUGGAUAUUGUGUUAAACAGGGAGCCGUGAUGAAAAACUGGAAGAGGAGAUACUUCAUGCUGGACGACAACACAGUCAGCUACUUCAAAUCAGACACAGACCGAGAGCCAUUACGAGUUAUCCCUCUGAAAGAGGUCAACAGAGUGCAGGAGUGCAAGCACAGUGAUAUGAUGAUGAGAGACAAUCUGUUCGAGCUGGUCACUACCUCAAGAACCUUCUACAUUCAGUCUACCAGUCCAGAGGAGAUGCAUGGCUGGAUCAGGGCAAUCUCUGGGGCCAUAGUGGCUCAGCGAGGCCCCGGGAGAUCUGCAGCCUCCAUGCGUCAGGCCAGGCGGCUCUUGAACCCUUGUAUACAGAGGUAUACAUCCUGCUCUGGUGAAUGCAGCACGAGCCCGCCGAACCCGCCGCCAUCUUCAACAGAGAAUUCAGUGUGCCAGCUCCUCGCUCACCCCUCCCCGAAUACCAUUACCCAGAAAGCCACUCCGCCUCAGGCCCUCAGCAUGGUGUGGGAGGGGCCCGACCUCAAAGGUUGGCUGCUGGGGGCCCGAACUCGACUGUCGCUCCAGGAGUUGCCCCAAAUCUUCAAGUGAACGACGACGAUCUGUUGCCAUGGCAAUGGCAGAGCAACAAAACAAAGUCACCCAAUUGCUCAUUGGAUGAAGAUUUUCAGAUUACCAAGGUGUAAUGAGACACGUAUAGUCCACACAGGCACAUAUUGAAAAAAAGUCAUCUCAAAACAAGCAAACCUAUUACAGUCAAAAGCAGGACGGGGACUUAGGAGGAAUCAUGCCCAAUGCAUCAUGGGACAUGGACUGUCCUGUGGAAUUAUUCGCUGAUCGUUCUCAAGCCUCUGACAGACAGAAGUGUACACUGAAACAGGUUCAUAAACCAGAGAACUGUCAGUCAGGUGAUUAUGAGGCCUGUGACUUUAACUCAAACUAGACUCUUGACUAAGCUACUCGAUAGGAUGCAAAUGUUGGUGGAAUAGCCGAUCAUUAUUUUUAUGUCAUUGCUGAUAACUGCUAAUAAUGCUGAUGAAGUGACGUUUCCAAACAGACUCUUGGCUGCAGCACUUCCGGGUUCUUUUGCCAUCCCCAGUUUGCAUGUCUGAUGGGCGUUUUUCAUUUUUAUACGCUUUUGAAGUGUGUUAAACGUGAGGAUGUGUAUUCAUCAACCUGUCACAUGUAUGAUAAAAACACGCAGGCUUAUUGAACCAAGAUGAAACUACAAAGAAGCUGCAUACUAUAUAUUAUAUUAUUAUAUUAAAUAAUGUUUAAGAGAUGAUUAAAACUGCAAUCUGCUGCUCAAAAGAACCCGGAGAGCGCUUGACGGCUGUAACGUCACGGUCAUUUCACCGAUAAUUGUUCUGCAGGUGUUUAAAAGCAACAGUGUAAUCACACAUCAAAACAUUUGAAUGUACAGUUGAACUGAUGUACUGAAUACUGUUUAGUACUUGUGAAACAUGCCAUGGAAAUGCUGUUACAGUUUGAAUUGGGGAGAAAAUAAGAUCCAUAAAAUUGUAUAAAUUAUAAAGCUAAAUAUAAUGAAAUAAAUGUAAUUGUUUUUUAUGUUUGUAAAAUAAAAGAAUACAUCUACAUAUAUAUUAUUUAAAAAUACAAAUAUAUAAUAAAAUAAAAUAAUAAAUUAAAUUGGGGUUUUAUUUAUUACAUAUAUAUAUUUUAUUUUAAUAUUUUUCAAUAAAAACAUUUUAUUUAAUUUAAACAAUAAAUAUUAUGUUUAUAUAAAAUAAUACAAAUCAAACAUUAAAAUAUCUGCUUCCAAUAUUGACUUACUCAGACAUUUAUGGAUAAUAAAAAGAAAUCUCCGAUAUAUUGUGCAUCCCACUACUUGAGGAGCUUGAGCUCAUGAUCUGCUUGAUAUCUUUUAAUUAAUCGGGUGUUUUCUGCCUUUCAUCUUGGGGUUCGCUUUAGACUUUGUCUUACAGUUACAUGUUUUAUUUUUAUAGGCUGCAAAGUCAGGAUGCUCUUGAUUUUAUUGCUAACUGAAUUUCAUUUUCUGAUUUUUGUUUUAUGUUUUGUGUAUUUAAUUGAAUUUGACUUUGUUAGUUUUUAUUAGUUGAGUUAUUUUGUCAUGACAGACCUGAAUCCAGUGCAGAACACUUCCACUCUCUUACCGCAUCACAAUAUUGCGGUUCAAGGAAACUGUGUUUUGUGCGGUUGGCAUGUGUUCGUUGACAGAACUGAACUGAGAUCAUCCAGCUUGUCAUGUUAGAUUCCGACACUAUACACAGGAGUUUUAUUGGCAUUUAUCAAGGAAGAUUUUGAGUGAAAAGUUCUCUGAAUGUUUGUACAGACAAGUCCUAGACGUUCUCACUAAUUUUACAGCACACUGUUUUUUUUUUUGUUUUUUUAUAUAUAUAUAUAUAUAUAUAUUAAUACUGUUUAUUUCCAGGUUUAUAUUAGAUUUUGAAUCCCAGAUUUUCAAUAUGGAUUUUAUUUUUUAUUUUAUGUUUCUCUUUAAAUACAGUGUAUUGUUUCCAGGAUAGCUUACAGUACUGUGAGUGUGUGUGUGAGUGUGUGUGUGAGUGAGUGAGUGUGUGUGAGUGUGUGAGUGAGUGUGUACGUGUGUGCGUGUUUUUGUGAUUUACGAGGACAAUUUUGUAAGUUACAAAUUAGUAAUUACAAGGGUAUUAUGCUAUAAAUGUGAUUUAUGAGGACAUUUCUAUUGUCCCCAUAAUUCAAAUCGCUUAAAAAUCAUACUAAACAAUGUUUUAUUGAAAAUGUAAAAAUGCAGAAGGUUUUCUGUGAGGGUUAGGUUUAGGGGUAGGGUUAGGUUUAGAGGAUACAAUCUAUAGUUUGUACAGUAUAAAAGUCAUUAUGUCUAUGGAAAGUCCUCAUAAUGAUAGGUAGACCAACAUGUGUGUGUGUGUGUGUGUGUGCUUGUGAGUGUGUGUGUCAGAGUGUGUGUGUGUGUGUCAGAGUGUGUGUGAGUGAGUGUGUGGGAGUGUGUAUGUGAGUGAGUGAGUGUGUGUGUGUGUGCGAGUGAGUGUGUGUGUCAGAGUGUGUGUGUGUGUGUGUCAGAGUGUGUGUGAGUGAGUGUGUGUGAGUGUGUAUGUGAGUGAGUGAGUGUGUGAGUGUGUAUGUGAGUGAGUGAGUGUGUGUGUGUGUGUGUGUGUGUGUGUGUGUGUGUGUGUGUGUGUGUGUGUGUGCUUGUGAGUGUGUGUGUGUGAGUGUGUGUGUGUGUGUGAGUGUGUGUGUGUGUGUGUGUGAGUGUGUGCGUGUUUUUGUGAUUUACCAGGACAAUUUUGUAAGUUACAAACUGGUAAUUACAAGGGUAUUAUGCUAUAAAUGUGAUUUAUGAGGACAUUUCUAGUGUCCCCAUAAUUCAAAUCGCUUAAAAAUCAUACUAAACAAUGUUUUAUUGAAAAUGUAAAAAUGCAGAAAGUUUUCUGUGAGGGUUAGGUUUAGGGGUUGUGUUAGGUUUAGAGGAUAGGAUCUAUAGUUUAUACAGUAUAAAAGUCAUUAUGUCUAUGGAAAGUCCUCAUAAUGAUAGGUAGACCAACAUGUGUGUGUGUGUGUGUGUGUGCUUGUGAGUGUGUGUGUCAGAGUGUGUGUGUGUGUGUCAGAGUGUGUGUGAGUGAGUGUGUGUGAGUGAGUGUGUAUGUGAGUGAGUGAGUGUGUGUGUGUGUGUGUGUGCGAGUGAGUGUGUGUGUCAGAGUGUGUGUGUGUGUGUCAGAGUGUGUGUGAGUGAGUGUGUGUGAGUGUGUAUGUGAGUGAGUGAGUGUGUGUGUGUGUGUGUGUGUGUGUGUGCUUGUGAGUGUGCGUGAGUGUGUGUGUGAGUGUGUGUGUGUGUGUGUGAGUGUGUGUGUGUGUGUGUGUGAGUGUGUGCGUGUUUUUGUGAUUUACCAGGACAAUUUUGUAAGUUACAAACUGGUAAUUACAAGGGUAUUAUGCUAUAAAUGUGAUUUAUGAGGACAUUUCUAGUGUCCCCAUAAUUCAAAUCGCUUAAAAAUCAUACUAAACAAUGUUUUAUUGAAAAUGUAAAAAUGCAGAAUGUUUUCUGUGAGGGUUAGGUUUAGGGGUUGUGUUAGGUUUAGAGGAUAGGAUCUAUAGUUUAUACAGUAUAAAAGUCAUUAUGUCUAUGGAAAGUCCUCAUAAUGAUAGGUAGACCAACAUGUGUGUGUGUGUGUGUGUGUGCUUGUGAGUGUGUGUGUCAGAGUGUGUGUGUGUGUGUCAGAGUGUGUGUGAGUGAGUGUGUGUGAGUGUGUAUGUGAGUGAGUGAGUGUGUGUGUGUGUGUGUGCGAGUGAGUGUGUGUGUCAGAGUGUGUGUGUGUGUGUCAGAGUGUGUGUGAGUGAGUGUGUGUGAGUGUGUAUGUGAGUGAGUGAGUGAGUGUGUGUGUGUGUGUGUGUGUGUGUGUGUGUGUGCUUGUGAGUGUGCGUGAGUGUGUGUGUGAGUGUGUGUGUGUGUGUGUGAGUGUGUGUGUGUGUGUGUGUGAGUGUGUGCGUGUUUUUGUGAUUUACCAGGACAAUUUUGUAAGUUACAAACUGGUAAUUACAAGGGUAUUAUGCUAUAAAUGUGAUUUAUGAGGACAUUUCUAGUGUCCCCAUAAUUCAAAUCGCUUAAAAAUCAUACUAAACAAUGUUUUAUUGAAAAUGUAAAAAUGCAGAAAGUUUUCUGUGAGGGUUAGGUUUAGGGGUUGUGUUAGGUUUAGAGGAUACAAUCUAUAGUUUAUACAGUAUAAAAGUCAUUAUGUCUAUGGAAAGUCCUCAUAAUGAUAGGUAGACCAACAUGUGUGUGUGUGUGUGUGUGCUUGUGAGUGUGUGUGUGCGAGUGAGUGUGUGUGUCAGAGUGUGUGUGUGUGUGUCAGAGUGUGUGUGAGUGAGUGUGUGUGAGUGUGUAUGUGAGUGAGUGAGUGUGUGUGUGUGUGUGUGUGCUUGUGAGUGUGUGUGUCAGAGUGUGUGUGUGUGUGUCAGAGUGUGUGUGAGUGAGUGAGUGUGAGUGAGUGAGUGAGUGUGUGUGUGUGUGUGUGUCAGAGAGUGUGUGAGUGUGUGUGAGUGUGUAUGUGAGAGUGAGUGAGUGAGUGAGUGAGUGAGUGAGUGAGUGAGUGAGUGAGUGUGUGUGUGUGUGUGUGUGCGUGUGUGUGCGUGUGAGUAUGCGUGUGUGUGUGCGAGUGAGUGUGUGUGUCAGAGUGUGUGUGAGUGAGUGAGUGUGUGUGUGAGUGAGUGAGUGAGUGUGUCAGUUUUUGUGCUCCUGUCUGGACUUGUCCAUCUGUAAAAGUGCCUGCAUUCUUUCAGUGUCUCCAGCUGUUUUCAAUCUUGUAAACUCUGUACCUAAUAUUCAUGAUCAUUAUUUAUUUUGUGAAAUUAAACAUUGAAAUUGUCAAUGAAAUAUGAUUUGGUUUUUUUUCUACUUAUGUUGUGUACACUGUUGUUAUAGUUCUGUAUUACACAGAUUACGGAGCCAUAUUUUUUAAAUGAAGUACUUAUAAUUAGAUUACAUCACAUUGUAUGAUGUAAUCAGAUUAGUUGUGUUUAUGGUUACAUGAUUACAUAUUGAUUACAGUACCAGUCAGCCGAUGGCAGUAACUCCAUCUGUCCAUAAUUGUCGACACUCUUCCAUAAAAUCUCAUGUUACAAACAACAUUUCAAUACAAAGAUACAAAUGUAAUUGACAGUAAGCAGUCCAUACAGAAAAGCUGUUAUUUGACUUUAAAAAAGACUAAAACAGCACUUCUCACUUGUGCUUAUACAGCGUAAAGAAAUGACCCGUGAUUCAGGAUGACAGCUUCAGAAAAAGCAAGUCUCAUAGGUUAAGGCCACACCUUCUCAUGAAUAAUUAUGAUUAUAGAUUACACACAUGACUUGCAUGAAUAACAAAUUGUACAUCUAAAAUAUAUCUAAAGAUAUUCACUAAUUAUUUAUUCCAAAGCCGAAAUAUUUAUAGAGUGGUGGUGUAGUGGUCUAAAGCACAUAACUGUUAAUCAGAGUGUUGCUGGUUUGAGCCCCACAGCCACCACCAUUGUGUCCUUGAGCAAGGCACUUAACUCCAGGUUGCUCCGGGGGGAUUGUCCCUGUAAUAAGUGCAAUGUAAGUAUCUUUGGAUAAAAGCGUCUGCCAAAUGCAUAAAUGUAAAUGUAAAUGUAUUCCUAAAUAUCAAAAUUUCUCUUCUAAUUCUAAAUAUUGUACAUAUGAGUUAUCAUUUUAUUUCAUUUUAAGUAACAUCUUUUUCAUUUUUGAUGACCCUUUCAGUAAGUUUUAUUGUAAAUUUUUUUUAAAUCAUAGUUCUGUAUCCAUAACAACUAAACAUUUCUAUGAGUCCAUUAAUCGUAAUGUCAUUAGUUCACCCAAAAAUGAAAAUGUAUUUAUUUGCAGCACUGCUAAUAAUGUCUGGCUUGUGUUUUCCUCAUCUGGAACUCAGUUUGAAUAAAAGUGCUUGCUAAAUACAUUUUUGGCAGAGAUUUAAGAGCUAAAAUUAAGGGGAAGAUUUGAAGUUAAUAACGAUAAAAAUUUGUUCUGUUCCUC